GUGGAAACGAUGUUUGCGUUCCAAUAGCGCAUGUUAGCUUCCAGACAAAACAAAAAUUAAAAUUAGUUUGUCAGCGCUAUCAUAGGCAUACUGUCCAAAUGGAGGUUCUCGGGUCAACAGAGAAAAUAAACGACCAAAGCUUGCCUCUGUCAUCCCUUCGCCUCCUAGUACCCCCUUUGCAGCUUCUCUCUGCAGCUAUGUGGCAUCUGGCCAAGGAGAAAGAUGUGUUAAAUUAUGAGAAGCUGCAAGAGUUUGUGUCCAUGGUUACGGAGGCAGUUCCUGGUCUAAUCAACCACAGGCAGCGAGCCCAACUAAUUCUUGGUCUAAGAGCCAGGUUGAUUUUAGAGCUGUGCAAGGGCUCUAUUCGAGGAGAUGUUAAUUCUCAGAUGAUCCAGAGCUACUUGGAGAGACUUCCAGUGACCUCUGCAAACACAGAUUACAUGGAUGCAGAAGUGAAAACAGCUGAGUCAACUUUUAUUGCACUUGUUCAGAGCCUCCUAAAAAAUCCAGUUGAGAGAGCAUAUUUCUUUCAGGAGGUUUUCCCAGUUCAGUAUGGCCCACAGUAUGAUGCAGCGCUACAUGUAUUAUUAUGGGAGCUGCUCUCAAAGCUGGAAAAGCUGCUUCCCGUACCAGACCUUAAACAGACUGCUACCUGGCUCUCCUCUACUCCCUCUGUUCUGGACGAAUGUAUUCAGUCAUCUACUGAGGAGCUGAGCUUAAUCUUCAAGCACUACAAAAGCUCAGGGUUGCUGAAAAUGCCAUAUGGACCCUCUUCCACCAUCGGUAGCAGUAUCAUGUCUGCUUUAUCGGUUCCUCCCUCACAAAAGACACAUUUAUCAGUUGGAUUAGAGUCUAUCCAUAACUAUACUAACCCACUGAACAAUCAGUACAGUGUUGUGGCCAUUUACACUGAAGUGGAGGUUGGACCAUCUGAAGAGGAUCAGGACAAGAUGGAGUCAGCUGAGGUUCAAGUUCAAACAGAUUUUUAUGAAGAAGAGAUUGUGGCUGUAAAUGUGAGCGACGCUGGUGAUGAGGACUCUACCGGCUUGAAAGCUGAGGAAACCAGUGAAAUUGUGGAUGUUGCAAAAGCUUUGGAGACUUUGACCAAAACGUUUGCAUUAAGGAAGGAGAACUUGGCUCAAGAUGCACCAAUAGAAAAGACAAGCGAUUCCUCCAGUAGUGAGCAGCUUGGGUCGGGAAAUGCUCCAGAUGAAGGACAGACGAAUGAUAAACAGGAAACAAGUGACCAUGCAGAAGAAAAAAGAGAAAGCAUGGCAGACAUACCACAUGGGUUUCAAGAUGAAGAGAUGGAGGCUGAUGAAGACUCUUGUACAAAUGUGAAAGAUGAUGGAGAAACAAAUUCUGUCCAAGAAAUGGCAAAUGUCUCCAGCACAGUGUCAGGAAUCCAGAACUCUGAAUCUUCUGCAAAUGUGCGCAGAUCCUCACGUCUACAGACGAAGACUUUGCCGAGUUGGCAGGAGAUGUGUAAAGUCAAGAGGAUGCCGAAACAAAUUAGUGAAGAACCAAACAUGAGCCCUGCUGAUGUUUCAGUUGCCCCGUCUGUGAUCGCCAUCAAAGGGUCAGACAAAGGUGAUUCAGAUGAGAUGACAUCCAUCAUCUUCACCUGCUCGCAGUGUCCUUUCCAUAGAUCGGAUGAAAAAAACCCCCCACACUUCCACAUGCAGAGUGUCCGCACAGAAGUAUACAGGAGUCUCUCUGGAGCCAAAUUUACACCAUCUCCCUCCAGAACUGAUGAAAUAUUUACAUCCAUUAAACUUUUCCCCAAAGGAAACCCAGAACAGAGUAAAGCAGAAGAAUCAGAUGAUCAAAGCAAAGUUAAUGUCUCUCAGUAUCUCAGCACACGGAAAUCUCUCAGUUGUGAUACGUGUGGCAAGACAUUCACCCGGACGUCGGAUGUCAGGAGACACCAGCUCAUUCACACUGGAGAGAGGCCGUUUCACUGCUCGCAGUGUGAACGAACCUUCCAGCACUCCUGGGAUCUGGCAAAGCAUGAAAGUAAACACCAUGGAGUGGCCAUUUCCUUUUCCUGCCAGCUCUGUGGGAGUUCCUUCGCAAAUCUACGGGCGCUAACCGUCCAUCAUAAGACUUCCCACUCACACGAGAGUCAGCUCCCUCAAAUCUGCUCCAUCUGCAGCUGUAGUUUCCCAACUGCUGCCGAGCUGCUGGAGCACAGGAAGUCUCAUGUCACCAGUAAAGGCUACGUCUGCCAGCAGUGUGGCGAAGGCUUUGACACCCUGCUCGCACGCUCCCAGCACCGGCAGGUGCAUCAAGUUAAACGUCAGUUUAAAUGCCCGCAUUGUGAGAAGACAUAUACUCGCAGGUCUGACGUGAAGAGACAUCUUUCCACCCACACAGGGGAGCGACCCCACCAGUGUAACCAGUGCAGCAAAAGAUUCUCACUCCGCUUUAUGCUCAUCAAACACCUCCGCAUUCAUACAGGUGAGAGACCUUUCCAGUGUCCCCACUGCCCUAAGAGGUUCACCUUGGUGUCUGUUCUGGCCAGGCAUGAAAGGAUGCACACAGGAGAGAAACCAUUCCUCUGUUCUCAAUGUGGGAGGGGGUUUUUGUCACAGGGAGAGCUCUCCAAACACCACAGGUCUCAUGUGGAUGACAGGCCCUACUCCUGCCCUCAGUGCAACAAACGUUUCAAAAGCAAGAAAACCCAGCAAGAACACAUCAUCUCUCACACCGGCGCCCGUCCGUACCCAUGCACCUACUGCGGGAAGGGCUUUACCAAACCGUACGCACUGACCAGACACAACCUGAUCCACACGGGAGAGAGGCCGUUCCCCUGUGGACACUGUGAGAAGUCCUUCCUCACGCUGAGCGAGGCGCAGCUGCACCAGAGAAUUCACACUGGGGAGAGGCCGUAUCCGUGCAACAUGUGCGAUCUGAAGUUUAAGAGCUCAUCGGAGCUUGCACGUCACAAACGGAGCCAUUCUGGGCUGAAGAGGGUGAAACCGUUCUGUGAGCGAUGCACGAAAACCUUCACCUCCAAGGCCAAACUGCAGAAACACAUGGAGACGCAUGGAGACCAUGCAGAGGCUGCACAAUCCAAAGAACCGAGUAGUUAAAUGGAUAACAGGACAGUCUCACCGGUAAAAAGUGGAAUAAUGUACAAAAAAAUGUAUGUAUUAAUGUAAUUUCAAUAUUUGAUUAAGGAUUAGGUUAAAAUAUAAGAUAUAUGAAGAUCAGAUUAGACUCAGCGUUGUAGAAAUGCAGUUUUCAACCUUUGACUAAAUCAUGCUGAAAGUUUCUUUAAGAUUUUUCUUUUGAAAUCAAAUUGACUUAGACCUUAAAUUUUUUAUAUUUACAAUUUCACUGUUUUCACUUUGUAACAGAGGCGUUACGUUUUAAACAAGUUCAAAAACUGUUCAUUAAAUAGACAUUUUUGCUUCA